CGGCUUUGGAGCGGGCGUCUGUGCACGCCGUCGCCACCAGCGGCUCUCUCGCUGCGCCUCUCCCCGCGCGCAAAGAGACCUGCGCCGCCGCCGCCGCCGCCACCAUGCGCGCCUUCGGGGCUUGCCUCCUCCUCCUGCUGCUGGCGGCGCUACCCGCUUGCCCGGCCAGGCGCCCCCGGACCGUCUACACCAACCACUGGGCUGUGCGGGUGCUGGGGGGGCCCGACGAGGCGCAUCGGCUGGCCUCCGCUUACGGUUACCUAAACCUCGGACAGAUUGGCAGCCUGGAAGACUAUUACCACUUUCACCACAGCAAGACGAUUAAAAGGUCAACGUUCAGCAGCAGAGGCCCACACAACUUCCUCAGAAUGGAUCCAAAGGUAAGGUGGCUGCAACAACAGGAAGUUAAACGAAGAGUCAAAAGACGCAUUCGGCGUGACCACCAUUUUGUUUCCUUCAAUGACCCACUCUGGCCUGAAAUGUGGUACAUGCACUGCGAAGACAACAACAGCGACUGUAGGUCAGAAAUGAACGUCCUAGCAGCCUGGCAGAGAGGAUAUACUGGCAAGGAUGUCGUGGUAACCAUUCUCGACGAUGGCAUAGAGAAGCACCACCCUGAUCUUGUGCAGAACUAUGACCCUCGUGCAAGCUAUGAUGUCAAUGGGGAUGACGAAGACCCAACUCCGCGCUAUGAUGCCAGCAAUGAAAACAAGCAUGGCACCCGUUGUGCUGGGGAAGUGGCAGCGUCAGCGAACAACUCCAACUGCAUAGUGGGAAUUGCAUACAAUGCAAGAAUUGGAGGCAUUCGGAUGUUAGACGGCGACGUGACAGAUGUGGUGGAAGGAAAGGCGAUUGGCACCAAACCUGAAUACAUCCACAUCUACAGCGCAAGCUGGGGCCCUGACGACGAUGGGCGGACAGUCGAUGGGCCUGGCCCUUUAGCCAAGCAAGCAUUUGAGCAAGGCAUUAAAAAGGGCCGUAGAGGAAGGGGUUCGAUAUUUGUCUGGGCCUCUGGGAAUGGCGGAAGAGAAGGGGACCACUGCUCUUGCGAUGGAUACACCAACAGCAUCUACACCAUCUCCGUCAGCAGCACCACGGAGAACGGGAACAAGCCAUGGUACCUAGAGGAGUGCGCCUCCACCAUUGCUACCACCUACAGCAGUGGGGCUUUCUAUGAGCGGCAAAUUGUUACCACCGAUCUGCGGAAACGUUGUACAGAUGGACAUACUGGCACCUCUGUGUCUGCCCCCAUGGUGGCAGGGAUCAUUGCUCUGGCUCUGGAGGCCAACCCUUUACUGACCUGGCGAGACGUUCAGCACCUUCUUGUUAAAACAUCUCGACCAGGACACCUCUUGGCCCCCGACUGGAAAACAAAUGGAGCUGGACGUCGAGUUAGCCAUUUGUAUGGAUUCGGCCUGGUGGAUGCAGAAGCGCUUGUUGUCGAGGCAAAGAAGUGGCGAACAGUCCCCACUCAGCACAUUUGUGUCGGGACCUCAAAUAAGAAGCCUUGGUUCAUCCCCACCAACAAGACGGUGCGGACGGCAACUCUAACUAACGCCUGUGUGGACCACCCUGACCAUCACGUAGCCUAUCUGGAGCAUGUCAUCGUACGGGUUUCCAUUGCACACCCACGCCGGGGAGACCUGCAGAUAAACCUCAUCUCUCCUUCUGGUACGAAGUCCCAGCUCCUGGCUAGAAGACAGCACGAUGAUUCUAGUAAUGGUUUUAAGCACUGGGAGUUCAUGACUGUCCACUGCUGGGGAGAAAGGGCCGCAGGAGAAUGGACACUGGAAAUCCAGGAUAAGCCAUACCACGUGAGAAACCCAGACAUGCAAGGAAAGUUAAAAGAAUGGAGCCUCAUUUUAUAUGGAACAGCUGAGAGCCCAUCCUCGAAUUCCAGCUCCCAUCACUCCAGGUCAAGGAUGCUGGAGAUGCCAUCUUCUGACAUGGAAGCCUCAAAAGCGGCUUUCUUCCAAACUCAGAUGGAGAUACUGGAGGAUGACGAGGAAUACACAGGUCCGUGCCAUACGGAAUGUGGCGACAAAGGAUGUGAUGGCCCCAACGCCGACCAGUGCCUGAACUGUUUCCAUUUCAGCCUCGGGAGCCUUAAAACUGGCAGGAAGUGUGUAAAUUCCUGCCCCCCUGGCUACUUUGGGGACACUUCGCAGCGGAAAUGCCGCAGAUGCUACAGGGGCUGUGAAGCGUGCUUGGGCAGAAGCCAGAACUCGUGCACAGCCUGCAAACGCAGCUUCUAUCACCACCAAGAGACGAAUACGUGUGUGAUGCUGUGUCCAGCUGGGUUUUACUCUGAUGAGGGUCAGAGACGUUGUCAGAAAUGUCACCAGAAUUGUAAGAAAUGUGUUGGUGAGAUGGACAAAUGCACUGUCUGCAAAGAUGGAUUCAGCCUUGUAGACAAUAGCUGCGUUACAGGAUGCAGGCCAGGCAUGUACCUGAUCAAGGAGCCAGUACGAUGUGAGGGAUGCCAGUCAAACUGCCGGACAUGCGUGGGGUCGGGCCGAGAGGAAUGCAUCCAGUGUGCCUGGAACUUGCACCUGCACGAGUGGAGGUGCGUCCCAACAUGCGGCGAAGGCUUUUACCCCGAGGAGUUGCGCGGACUCCCCCACAAGGUCUGCAGAAGAUGUGAAGAUAACUGUUCAAGUUGUGACAGCUCGGGAAGAAAAUGUCUCCGGUGUAAAGAAGGCUUUAGCCUGCUUAGUGGCUCAUGCAUUGCUAGCGACAGAUGCCACAAUGCUGAUGAGGUCUUCUGCGAGAUGGUGAAAUCCAACAAACUCUGUGAGCGCAAGCCGUUUAUACAGUUUUGCUGUCGGACGUGCCUCUUGGCUGGCUGAGCCGAAGAUUUUAAUACCCGCCCUCUGGAGGCCCUGUUGUGCCAGUUCCCUAGGACAAAGUCUCCCUUCUCCUCCCUGUCUGCCCCUACCCCUACCCCACCCCCCACUUUGGGAAGCUUCACCCAGCGCUGACUGAAGCUUUGGCUUGCAACUCGGAUCACUUUCAUAUUGCCUGCCAGUCUGGUUUCUACAGUGCCACAUGCCUGGUUAACACCCAAGCCUAGGUAGCAUCCUUGCUUUGCUUGUUGCAUCUUAAAAGAAAAUAAAUAAAAAUAAAUAAAAAUGCAGAUGGGGACACAAAUCCUUCUUGGACAUGUCUUGCAAAUGGAGAGUGACACCAAAGUCCACAUGCCCAGCUUCAUUCAAAAUAAUCAACCCUCCCAAAUAGUAUCCAGGCAGGUGACUGGGCAGAUUUAAGGUAUUUCUGCACUUUUGAGAAGAAAAGGGCACCUCUUGCCCACCCAUCCCAAAAGAAUUUGCAGCCCUUUAGCUAUACAGUGAUUGAGUUCUCUUCCGGUGCAACCCUGGCUUGAUGCACUUCACCCCAGCAAUGUUAUGCUGAAAAAUAAGGACAAUACCCAGUUGCCUUUUAGGAGCAAAAUUAGCCAUAGCAAACUUGCAACUUGGCAGUCACCAAAGAGGCGACCCCAGAGUUGGCAGGAAGAGGUGAGAGUGGUCUUUGUCUAAGCCCCAAGUGUCCACCUUUACUGCAAGCUGCUCUGAGUGGCCACAUCCUUCCUAAGUGACUGUGACUGUCGGGAACCCGGUAGCCCUGAGCACCCUGCAGGAUUGGGCGUCGAAGCCUUCACCGUGAAAUUGCUGGGAAUAAAUUCAUCUCUUGUCUGCAGACGCAGACUAGAAUAAUUUCCUCUCCGCAACAAAAGAUUAUUUCUGCCCUCCUCCCCUCCCCAAAUGUUUGCAUCUCCUAGCUUUUUCAGCUUUGAUUGAUGGCUUCAUUUUUCCGGCCUACCACAACUUGCUGACAAAACCUUUCCUGUCUAAUGACAGCUCAGUGACUUUAGUAAGCAAUCCCUUCCAGGAGACGUUCUAUUUAGCCAGCCAGGAGGGAAGGGAAACAACCAAUUCUACCGAACGGCGCUAUACAACACAUCUGAAUGUAUUCACUAUACAUAUAAAUAUAUAUAUAUAUACAUAUAAUAAUAUAUAUUUUUUAGUUUGUUGUGUGGUGUUUAUAUAAUUGUGUUUAAAUAUAUUUGGCUAUGUUGUCUUACAGAAUUUUUUUAAAAAGUAACUUAUACAGUCAUUGCCUUUAUUCACAGAAAUUUUAAAUUAUUUUUUACAGGGACAGACUUUUUUUAAUGUGUCUCCUUCCGUUCCAGUGACAUCUUUGUAAGUUUCAACAAAAAUGUCCCUUUCCCCCCUCUUCAGACAUAUGUAAACAACACUUCUCUUUUUUCUUAUAAUGCCUGUUCUGAUUCGCGUUGUUGGCUGUUUUAAUAAGUUAAACCUUCAGCCCGUGAAAUUGGUGGUAAAACAUUAAUUGGCUCUUAACAAAGUGAGUUUUCUAAGCUUUUUUUCCCCUAGCUAAAAUUAACUGACAUAACCGUACUGCUUUGGACCCAUGUGCUCUCAAACUUGGCUUGAAUGAAUAGUGAAAGCCAACACAGUGUUUCUGAUGUGAUCAAUGGCAAGAAGUUGACAAGGCAACUACACCAUGAAUAAAAUGUUUAUAGUCCUGAUGAGUUAUUCUGUACUUACCCCACCCCGAAGCAACCAAAGUAAAUUGCUUUAUUUUACUAUGAUUAUCCUAUUUCUGUGUAGUCUUUUAAUUAACAUCCGGAGGGGGGGGGGGUC